CCCUUUUUUUUGAGAAAAAAGAAAAAAAAAAUGAAAAAUUUCACGUUAUUCUUAAUAACGUUACUAUGUUUAUCUCAAAUUAUAAACGCUCAAUUAAGUCCUAAUGUACGUAAAUUAUUUAGUACAGUUCACAUCGAAAAAAAACUUUACGUUUAUGGUGGUUUUAUGGAUAACGAAAAUGCAAAUGCUCAAAAAACUCCAGAUGAUAGAUUUUUUUAUCUUGAUGUAUCAAUUCCUUUUGAUACUUCAAACUUGCCAUGGAGAACGAUACCGGAUAAUGCAAAAAAUUUACCUCUAGAAUCUUUAUCAUCAAUAUUUACCGGAGGUUCGGCAGCAAGUAUUGGAGGUGUAAAUAAUGAAACAAUAUACCUUUUUAAUAAUGAGAAUGAUAAUAAAACAUCAAUUCUCUCUUAUAAUUCACAAAGUAAUAUAUGGAAUACACAAAAUUUUUCAGGAGUUAAACCUAUCGGUAGGAAUCAAAUAACAGCUGUUACUGAUUAUACCGGAAAAAUAUAUUUGCUUACUGGGUUUGAUAUUAUCGCCCAAGGAGUAAAACGUACUAAUGGAUUAUUUAUUUGUGAUACGAUAAAUUCAAAUUGUGUAAUAAAAGAUGCUCCUUUAUCAAGACUUGGUUAUGGUGUUACUUUAUUACCAAAUGGAAAUUUAGUUUACAUGGGCGGAAGUGAUAAAACUUUUGCGCCUAUUUCAGAUAAUUUUAAAUUGAUAUAUAUAUAUGAUACAAUUAAUGAUAGAUGGGAUUCAAAAAUUACUAUUGGAAACUUUCCACCUAGUGAUGCUGGCGUAACAACAGUACUUGGGUUAAAUGGGGAUAAAAUAAUCCUCUUUGGAGGCGUUAAUGGUGAUGAUAAUAAUCUAUAUGUCUUAAAUCUUGCAAAUUUUGAAUGGUAUGUACCAAAAACUAGAGGAAAAGGUCCCGUAUUUAAACGUGGUCAACAUUGUGCCAAUGUAAUUGGAAAAUAUAUGGUUUUAACAUUUGGUUCCAAUGGCGUUACUGAAGUUAAAUAUAGAUCAAGUGGCGAAAGUGAUGUACUUUUGCUUGAUAUUAGCAAUGAUUCAGAAUAUGUUUGGACGACUUCUUUUGAUCCUACUUCAUUAGUAACAACUAAUUCAACGUCAUCAGUUCCCUUACCAUCAAAUUCAUCAGGAUCAAAAAAUGAUUUAGUUGUUAAAAUUGGUAUUUCGGUUGGUUUAAUAGUACUUAUUAUUAUUAUAUUAAUAGUAAUUUUCUUGUUUAUAAGAAGACGUAAAAAUGAACAAUCAGCCAUUCCAACUCCUGGCAAUGCGUAUUAUGAUAAACGUAAAAAUGCAAAAAUGGUCAUUCCAACUCCUGGCAGUAUACAUUAUGAUAAAACUAAUAUUUAAAAAUAAUAUUUAUUUAGAAUAUAUUGUAUAUGUAAAUAAAUAAUCUAUUAAGUAAAAUCUGUUAUUAAUUUGCAUUGUAAUAAUAU